CGUCGCCAUGAAUCCGGCAGGAACCCUUGGGGUCCUAGAUCAGGGCAAUGGAGAGGAUCACUUAGGCACCACGCUUCUCGGGCCCUCGGUGCAUUCCGAUAACCCGCAGGAGCGCAUCCAGGCCCGGCGACUGCGCAUCGCUGCUCGCCAGGAAGCCCGAAGGAGGGAAGCCCUGGGAGAGUAUUUAGAUGGGAAGAAGGAGAGCGAGGAAGAGCAAAGCAAGAGCUACAAGCAGAAAGAAGAGAGCAGAUUGAAAUUGACUAAACUCCUGCUCUGUGGUACUGAGUUGGUGACAAAUAUCCAGGUGGCUACAGACAUGAGAGAGAGCCAUAGGAGGGUUGAAGAAGAGGAGACAAAGCGGCAGAGACUGGAGAAGUUGGAGAAUGAAGUUAAGACCAGCCAGGACAAGUUUGACGAAAUCACGGCGAGGUGGGAGGAGGGCAGGCAGAAGCGGAUUCCCCAGGAACUGUGGGAGAUGCUCAACUCCCAGCAGCUGCACUGUGCUGGCCUCAUAGAAGACAAGAACAAGCUCAUCAGUGAACUACAGCAGGAGUUAAAAAUAAAGGAUGACCAGUAUGUGAAGGACCUGAAGAAACAGUCCGACGACAUCAGCCUGCUUCUGGAGAGGAUGGAGGAGCAAGUGAAGAACGUGAUGAAGAACUUCUGCCAGGAGCUCCUUCACAUCGAGAAAGCCUUCGAGUUAGAAAGACAAGAGUUGCUGUCCAGUAAUAAGAAGAAAUGGGAGCGAGCGCUGCAGGCUCACAAUGCCAAGGAGUUGGAGUACCUCAUCAAUCGGAUGAAGAAAGUAGAGGAGUAUGAGAAGCAGCUCGGCAAGCAGCGCGCCUGGGACUGGGAAGAGUACAACACAAUCAAGAUCAAGCUAGAGCGCGACGUGCAGAUUCUUGAGCAACAACUUCAGCAGAUGAAAGCAACUUACCAGCUAAGCCAAGAGAAGUUAGAAUACAACUUCCAGGUGCUGAAGAAGCGAGAUGAAGAGAGCACAGUCAUCAAGUCCCAGCAGAAGAGGAAACUCAACCGUCUGCACGAUGUCCUCAACAACAUGAGAGCCAAAUAUGCCAGGCAGAUAAAGCAAUUUCAAGAGGAGAACCAGAACCUGACCUCAGACUACAAAAGGCUCGUGUUGCAGUUCAAGGAGCUACAGAAAGCCAUAAGGCACUUCGCCAUUAUCGAUGAGGAGAAGUUUCGGGAGAUUUGGUUGAUGAAUGAAGAGGAGGCGAAAGGGCUGGUGCAAAGAGCCUUUGAUGUGGACAGUGUCAUCCACGCCCAGCACCUGGGGCUGCCCUGGAAGAUGCCUGACUUCUGGUUCCUGAAGAAUGUGGGACCAAUUUCCCCGCAGCAGCAACGGAAGUCAGCCACACAAAUCCUAGAAGAGCUGCUGUUGCAGACAGAAGAUGAGGGCACAGAAGUUGCCAUGUCAGAAGACGAGUCUUACCUGGACCUGCCCAAGCAAGUUUCAGCAAAAACUACCAAAAAGAUCCUGAUGCUCCUGUGUGAUGAGUCGGGUUUCCUCAUAGAGAGCAAACUGAUGAGCCUGCUUCUCCCCCUGGAGAAGAGCGAAUGCUAUCUGCUGAGGCUGGACGCCAUCUUCUCUGCCCUGGGGAUUGAAAGUGAGGAUGACCUGUACAAGCUGGUGAACUUCUUCCUUCAAUACCGAACCCAUCGUUUAUCCUCCUCCCGGUUCAGCGUCGGUUCAUCAGCACAUCACACCAACACGGCGCGCACAAGCCUGAUGUCAGCGCAGGAACGCUCGAGCAUGGUGAGCAUGGUGUCCCAGGGAGACAGGAGGAGCAUGGUGUCCAAGUCAGAGCUGGAGCCCCCAGAACAGGAGGUCCUGCAAGGUGACAACGCGAGCCUUGUGGGCAGGGAGAAGGAGCACCUGUCUUCAUCCAGGUUCAUCCACCCCAACGAUGUCCUCAAGAUUCUGGAGGCCUUUGUCAUGGGGCUGAAGAAGCCCAGGGACACUCGGCCAGUACUGAGAGUGAAGAAAGACAUGCGAGAUAACUCAAAGGACACCGAGUAUUGGGCAUCCCUGGCCACGGUUAUCCCCUUCUCCAAGCAGAACCUCUGGGACGCACUGUACAAGGCCUUGGAGAAAUACUACCUUGUGCUGACCCAGAGGGCCAAGCUGCUGAUGGAGAAUGAAUCGCUGGAGCAGCAGAAUGCUGAGAUGCAGUCUCUGCUGCAGCAGUACCUGCAGGCCAAGAUAAAUUCUGAACUGCAGAUUCCUCCAACUCAGGGCUUCCGGAUGCCCACAAAAUAGAAAUGCAUCUGCAAAGCCUGGUGUCAAAGAGUCCACACUGUCACCUGAGAACCGGGGCCCACC